AUGCAACGUGCCAACAUCGACCGAGCGCGUGAAGCCCUGGAUGCUAUGCACAAGGAGAUGAAUGCGACAAAUUCGUUGAAGCGUGACCGAGCCCGCAAGGCCCAUAACAAGAAGCGAGGCAUGCAAAUGGCCCAAUUCGUUGUUGGAGAUUACGUGCUCUAUCAAGACGUGUGGCAGCACCAUCGUGCCAAUUUGCGGACCACAUGGUGCGGCCCAGCUUUUAUGACAGCUGUGACCAGCAGCUGGCUCUACGACGUCAAGAACCUCAUCACUGGUGACGAGAGGGAAGCCCAUGUCAGUCGCCUCAAGUUCUAUGCCGACAAGAGUUUGCAUGUGUCUGAAGAUUUCAAGGAGCACGUGGCCCACAAUUCUGAGGGUUACGAGGUGGAGGCCAUCGUGGAUGCCCGUUAUGUGGCCGCCAAGAAGGACUAUGAAGUGCUGCUUAAGUGGCGCGGCCUAAACGACGUCGAGAACUCCUGGGAGCCAGCGGCUACCAUCAAGGAAGACGUUUCUAUGGCCAAGGCCUAUUUCACGUUGGAGUAA